AUGAGAACUGUAAAACAUAAACAUGUUAUUAAAAAAAUACUAUGUAAAGCAAUUGAUGAAAAUAGGAUUGAACAAAAAUUGAAAGAAAUAAAUGAACGUUGGAAUACAAUGAGUCUUAAUAUAGAGAAAUUCUCUAAUGUAAUUUUGCAUAUUGAACAUAAACUAUGUGGAGUGCAUGAUGUGUUGCAAGUAUUGGAAGAUGAUCAAAUUACAAUGCAUAAAAUGAUGAACUCGUAUUCAGUUGAACCAUUUUUAGAAAAAGUUGAAACAUGGCAGAAAAAUUUAUCAACUGUGAAUGAAGUUCUAAAUAAAUGGUGGUUUGUACAACAAAAAUGGAUUUAUCUCGCAGAAAUAUAUGCUGGGAAAAACAUUUUAAAUAUUUUACCCGAAAAAGCUGAGAAAUUCAAUGAACUAAACAAAUUCUAUCAAGAGGUAUUUGUUAUUAUUGUAUAA